GAAGAUUGUAGGGAUCUCGUUGUCAGAAUCAAAAUGGAGACCGAUAAUAACAGUAUAAAUUGGAAUAUUCGUAGUUUAAUGGUGUCAUUAUUCCAAGUUGCUUUCAGUGAAAUGGAAGCUAACAUUAUGUUUGGUUCACAAGUAGUUAACUGUAACGAGACUGAAAUACCUUUGAGCAAAAGAGAAGAAAUAAUAACAGACCACGAUAAAUGUGCUGCUUUUUACAAAUCCGUCAGAGAUGCUGAAUACAAUAAACUUGUUGACGCAUAUGCCAGAGAAAAGAUAAUCCAAGAUGAAAAGGAGAGAAAUCGGACAGUAAAAGAAGAAGAAAAGAUAAUUUCUACCAAAGACAUAAAAGACGGCGACGAAUGUGCUGCUUUUUACAAAUCCGUCAGAGAUUCUGAAUACGAUAAACUUGUUGAAGCAUAUGCGAGAGAAAAUAUUAUCAAAGAAGAGAAGGAGAGAAAUAGGAUUGUAAGAGUAAGAAAAGAAGAAAAGAUAAUUUCUACCAAAGACAUAACAGACGUCGACGAAUGUGCUGCUUUUUACAAAUCCGUCAGAGAUGCUGAAUACAAUAGACUGGUUGACGCAUAUGCCAGAGAAAAGAUCAUCCAAGAAGAAAGAGAGAGAAAAAGGAUAGUAAGAGAAGAAGAAAAGAUAAUUUCUACCAAAGACACAGCAGACGGCGACGAAUGUGCUGCUUUUUACAAAUCUGUCAGAGAUGCUGAAUACAAUAAACUUGUUGACGCAUAUGCCAGAGAGAAGAUCAUCCAAGAAGAAAGAGAGAGAAAAGGGAUAGUAAGAGAAGAAAAACAGAGGAUUUCAACCAAAGAAAUAACAGACGACGACGAAUGUGCUGCUUUUUACAAAUCCGUCAGAGAUGCUGAAUACGAUAAAGUUGUUGAAGCAUUUGCCAGAGAAAAGAAAGUUAAAGAAGAAAAGGAGAGAAAAAGGAUAACAAGAGAACAAGAAAAGAUAAAGACACAAUUUGAAGAGUUCUGGAAACCAGCCACUGAUCUUGACUCACUUCGGCGUUUUCCCCAGGAGCCAAAGAACAGUAGAGAAAAGGCUUGUACUUCACCACAAGGACUGCUUUUUAAUGAAGAACAAACAGAGAAAAGACAAACCGGACCAUUCCUUUCACCGGCAAAAGAAGAAAGAAUACACUCAUUUUUGAGAGAACAGCAUACCAAUUACCAAAGCUUCCAAAUGACAGACACGUGGAAUGUAGCAAUCGAAAAAGAACUGGACGGAUCUGAAGUUAGUGAAAUUGUUCCAAAUAAAAUGGGAUAUCUUCAACGGAUAGCCAAUAAAGUAUUUAAGAGAAGCAAGCCUUCAACAAAAGACAUCAUUGAUAAACAGCUUGCUUUAAAGGAAGAACUAAAGUUAGAUUUGUCGACAUUGGAUGACAACAUAGAGGAUGAAGAUAUACCAGACACAUCAAGGACGACAGACAGUGAAUGGUUCAGUAUUAGUUUAAGUGACACAGAAGAAACCCCAAGACCACAUUUAAAGCCAUUCUUUUCAUCAGUAUUAGAAGAAAUACAUGUUUCAACGAUUACAAGUAAUACAAAAGAAUCUGCAAUAGAUAUUGAAGUUGACUUUCAAUCCAAACCUAACAAUGGAUUCACGAGCUUUCGACAGUGGUUCUGUCAACUAUGUUGUUGUCAUAGAAAACCUGAUGAAGAUUUUGACAAUUGA